AUGAAGAAAACCAAAGAAAUCAAGAAGGAGAUGAUGUUUUCUUCAAAUGCGAUCAUCCUACGCUCCAGCGGCGAUGCAGCUGUGCAGUCGCAAGGAUUCGUAGCACAUUGGAGGAUCGCGAGCUAUAAAAUGGCUCUAUUUGUUCCCGGCAUGUCAAACAGUCAGGUACUAUACAACGCAAGAGUGGCUGAGACAUUGGCAAAGGCAGGACAUGACGUCACCAUGAUCAUGAUUCGCUCGAUGGAUGAUCUCGAAAAUAAUGUGAAGAUUAUGAAAGAAGUGAAAAUUCACUCAGUAAAUGCGUCUUAUGGGAUGAGCUGGAAGGAAUUGGAGGAAAGACAUAGCAAAGUAAUCUUUGAGGACAUGCCCAUGUGGGAUUCUCGUAUGGUAGAAAACUUUAAGCUGAUGACUAAGGUGUUAUUAGAAUCUUGUAGAAGGCUGGUGGAGAACAAAGAAUUUAUCCGGUGGCUUGCUGCUGAGGAGUUCGAUCUUGCCUUUACUCAUAUGUACGACGUCUGCCCUAUAGGCCUUAUUCAUUAUGUGAAGAUCCCUUCAUGGAUUUGGCUUAAUAGUGGCGCCUUGAUGGAUUUUAUAGCGCAUAACAUGGGGGUACCUUUGAUACCCAGUUAUGUUCCACCGUUCUUACAAGAAAGCUCUGAUCAUAUGAGUUUUAUAGAGAGGGCAAAGAGUUUCAUAGGUCACACGAUAAUGCCAGUCUUUUGGAAGAUGUUCGCGGAUAAAGAGACAGCAAUCUUUCGGAAUUCAAUUGAUCCUGAGUUUCCGGACAUUGUUGACAUUGCCAGGAAGUGUCCUCUGGUCAUGGUCAAUUCAAACGAACUAUACGAUCUUCCACGUCCAAUGUUGGCUAAGAUAGUAAACAUUGGUGGCUUGGGAAUGGAGCUGAAAGAUGCAAAACCAUUCGAGCCGGAAUUCCAAAAAAUAGUAGAUGUUGCGGAAGGUGUGGUAGUAUUUUCCUUUGGAUCUAUAGCAUCCGCCCAUAAAAUGCCGAUCAGUUGGAAGCUUGCAUUUAUCGAGGCGUUCAAACGUUUUCCGAAGAAACAUGUAAUUUGGAGAUAUGAAGGAGCGGAUUUACAAGAUAAACUGCCGCCGAACGUCCAUUUGUUCAAAUGGAUCCCACAAGCAGAUCUCCUGCAGAAUUCGAAAACAGAGGCCUUUUUGACACAUGGAGGGUACAACAGCGUACAAGAAGCUAUCUCAGCUGGUGUACCCAUGAUUACUAUAGCACUUUUUGGUGAUCAGCCAAAGAAUGCGAAACUGGCGGAAAGGCAACAGUUUUCAAUAAAUAUCCCUAAAAGCAAGGUUAAUGCAGAUGCGAUAGCUGGAGCUCUACAAAAAAUUUUCACUGAUACAAGUUAUUCGCAAAGGAUCAAACGAUUUUCACAAAUGGUCAGGAAGAAACCAGUCAGUCCAUCGCACUUACUAAUUUCUUGGUCGGAAUUCACUGCAGAGUUCAAGACUUUGGAGAACCUUGUUCCAGCUGGGAAUAAGCUAAAUUUUUUCCAGUACCACUCAUUAGAUGUCAUUGCUUUCCUUUUGUCUAUAAUUCUCUUUAUUGCUUUUGUUUUAUUUACAAUUGCGAAAGUUUUGCUAAGGAAAUUGUGGUCUACAUUAAGAACUUCGAAGUUGAAAAAUGAGUAGGGUAAGAAAUGCUUGGGUACAAGGCUUCUGUUUUCUCCAGGAUUCGAC